UAUAAGAGUCAGCUGACCAGCCGCUCCGCAUUGCAGCAACAGCGUUAACAGGGACAUCGCGUACUCCCGAAACAGAGAAAACCAAGCGGCACCAAAUUGUGGCGACAUCAUGUUUCUCACGCUUCUUUUAGUUUCCACAGCUGUGGCAACUCCCCUGCUGGGCACAGAGCAGUGUGCUCGCGGCCCCCCCUACUGGUGCAAGAAUGUGAAGACGGCCUCUCAGUGCGGCGCCGUGGCUCACUGCCAGCAGAACGUCUGGAACAAGCCUCAGAUGAAAUCUGUGCCAUGUGACCUGUGCAAGGAGGUGCUGACUGUGGUGGACCAGCUGCUGAAGGACAAUUCAACUGAGUCUGAGAUCCUGGGCUACCUGGAGAAGGCCUGCCAGCUGAUCCCGGAUGAGGGCCUGUCCUCGGAGUGCAAGGAGAUGGUGGACAGCUAUUACCCCAUCCUGAUGGGCAUCAUCACUGGGGAGCUGGAUGAUCCCAGCAUCGUGUGUGGAGCCAUGGGGCUGUGCGAGUCCCAGCAGAAAGUGUUGGCAGAAGGGCAGCUCCUCUCCAAUGAGAUUCCACAAGUGGACCUGGCCCAGAGUGUCUCCCCUUUCCUCCUCAACGUCCCACAGCUGCUCUACCCACAGGAGACCCCCAAGGUGGAGUCCCCCAAGAAGGAGACCCCCAAACAGGAGAAUGGUGAUGUGUGCAAGGACUGUGUGCAGUUUCUCACCGAUGCCCAGGAGGAGGCCAAGUCCAACGCCUCCUUCAUCAACGCCCUCAUCAGCCAGAUCGAGAAUCAGUGUGACCUGCUGGGGCCUGGCCUUUCUGACAUGUGCAAGCAGUACGUCAGCCAGUAUGCCCCUGUGGUCAUCCAGCAGCUGAUGUCCAUGGAUCAGAAAGCUGAGGACAUCUGUGCUCGCGCUGGGUUCUGCCAGAGUCUCCCCCACUCUGUGCCCAUGGAGAAGCUGGUGGCAGCCAAGGUCUUCCCCGCAGCCAAGCUCUUUCCCGCAGAGAUGAAGGAGAAGCCAGUGGAGAUGAAGCCUGUCGCACUGAAACCUGCGAAGAAAAUGGUGCGUGCCCGCGAGUCUCCCCAGUGCGCCAUCUGUGAGUUUGUGAUGAAGGAGGUGGAGAGCAUGCUGCAAGAGGAGAAGACUGAGGAGAACGUGGUACACGCUGUGGAGAAGGUGUGCAAAGUGCUGCCCUCCACCCUCUCUGCUCAGUGCAAGGACCUGAUUGAGGCCUACGGCCAGGCCAUCAUCGAGCUCCUGGUGCAGGAGGCUGACCCCGCCACCAUUUGCACCUUGCUGGGGCUGUGCAAGGAUGCCAGCCGCACCUAUAUCCCUGUGAUGGACAAGGCCAGGUUUGAGGAGGGUGGCUUCUGUGACGUGUGCAAGAUGGCGGUGCGCUACAUUGAUGGCAUCCUGGAGCAGAAUGCCACCGAGGAAGAGAUUGAGGACGCCGUGAGGAAGGUCUGCAACUUCUUGCCAGAGGCCGUCAGAACAGAGUGUGAUCAGCUGAUCCAGCAAUACGAGCCCCUCCUUGUCCAGCUGCUGCUGCAGAUGCUGGAUCCUGACUUCGUCUGCAUGAAAGUGGGGGCCUGCCCAGGGGGUUUGGUGAAACUCUUGGGAACCGAACAGUGCAGCUGGGGGCCUGGCUUCUGGUGCAAGAACAUGGAGACGGCCACACGUUGCAAUGCUGUGGAUCACUGCAGACGUCAUGUGUGGAACUAGGAGGAGGAGGACCACAGUCUGACCUGAAAACUAGGGAGAAAUGUAGCGCUGCUUUCCUGUUUUAAAUUUGGUCCUUUUCUUUUAAAAAAAACAGUAGAUUUAAGAACUGCAAUUUGAUUUUUGGUGUUGAUUUAACAAGCAGGUCUGUUAAGUGGAAAGACCAGUGGCAAGUGUUUUUUGGGAGGUGGGGAGGGGGUGUUGGACAAUGGGGGAUGGAUGGCAUUGGAGGUGUUGGGGGGGGUUAUUAACUGAAUUUUUUUCUGCUUUUGAGGGCAGAAUAGGAGGAACUUUCCACUAUAUAGUGAUUAAUAUUCUAUGUCACUCACUGGUGUACAGUAGGAGUGGUUGGUCUAAUGUGUGUUUCAGUCAGCUGUAAGCUUGAGGAGUAGCUGGACAGCUGACACCUUAAAUGAAAGGAAGAGCUCAAAGGUCUCUGCAUUCAAUAAACAAACUUCAAACGGGUGGCCUGGCUGGUUGCCUAAAGUAACCUUUCUCCCCCCGCCAUAACGUCAGCAAAAUAUCUGUUCGGCCUGUGUCUGGGUGGAUAUAGGUGUUUAGUUUUAACUUGAAGCCUGGUCAUAAUAUGCGGUGAUCUUUUUGUUGUAACAGCGUAAUUUUGUGUGAUUGUUUUUAAUGAGCUGAAGCCCUGAAGCGUGAAAUGCUGAGCAGCAUGUCUGCCCGUCACUUUCCCCACUCACCUAAUGUGCUCAAUUCUUCAUUAAUUGAUUUCUAGUUUCGAGACCUUGUUUUUGUGCUCAAUCAGCUUCACUGUUGUCGGCUUGAGCAACUGUCAGGUGAAAUUUUUUUUUUUUUUGUGGAGGUUUGGAGGGACGG